AUGUAUUCUCGCGACCAAUUCAUGAACCCCGGUCCCGCACCGCGACCUCCCACCGACCGUCCCCGCCUCGCCCUCACCCCCAACACCAGCAACACCUUGCCAGGCAACAUGGCUGGCCUGAGCAUGCAGUCGCCUGCCUUCAACAACGGUUCGCAAAUGUCGCUCAUCCGCACACAGACCGAGAGAAGCGUCUCAUCGACAACUACGGUUAAAGAGGGCAUGGUUAAAGUCAAGGAUGAGGGCUUAUUCAAAUCUUUUGUCUGGGCCGACCGGUGGCUGGUCCUGCGCGAAUUCGAGCUGAACUUCUUUAAAAGCCCUAAUGCGUCAAAAGUCUCCAACACAAUCCAACUGCGAGACAUUCUUGGUGUCGAGCGAUCAGAUACGCAGCCGUUAUCCUUUGAAAUCACUCGCGCUCUCAACAGCAGCAAAGGUUCCUCCCCACCCCGCGAUGGCCCUACCAAAAUCAUUACAUGCAGAGUCGAAACCGACGACGAUGUCUAUUCGUGGAUCGACAGCAUCUACCAGCGAUGUCCCAGCAUGGGCGGUGUCAGCAACCCCACCAAUUUCACUCACAGAGUACACGUAGGCUUCGACCCCAACAGCGGAGCUUUCGUCGGUCUGCCAGUAGAAUGGGAGAAACUGCUCACUGCAUCCGCCCUCACCAAAGAUGACUAUGCGAAGAACCCCAAGGCCGUCCUCGAGGUCUUGGAAUUCUACACCGAAAAGCUCGUCAAGCGAUCUGAGGAUCCUCAGCAAUACUCGAGUCUCACUCCGACCCCACCAACAAAUGCUGGAAUGGAAAAGCAGCUUGGAUAUGGUGGUAGCGGCAAUUCCGUUGCUCCCCCGCGCCCUGCGCCGCCAGGCAGCUAUCAGCGCAAGGACAGUUAUAGUCAGGGCUACGGCGGUCAGCAGAGCGCUCCCUCACAGCAGGACCGUUACGAGCAGGAGAAGCGGAGGCAGGAGGAGCAGGCCAGAAUACAACGUGAACGCGAACGUGAGAGGCAAAGGGAGGAAUACGAGCGACAACAACGCGCAGAACUGGAUGCGUACAACGCUUCACUGCCUCAAAAGAAGCUCCCCUUGGCCCAGCAAGAGAUCGGCGGGGGUGGUUACGAUUCGCGAGAUUCGAGCCCGUCAGGCCAAAGGUACAACCCCAGUCGCCCUGCACCGUCGACUCCGGGCGCUGCAAGAGACCCCCGGCAGCAGCAACAGCAGGCUCCACGUCAGAUGGCUGCGCAGCGUCCUGCCCCUCCUGCCCCUCAGCAACAGAACGGUGGUUACAGCACUUCUCCUGCCAAAUCAUCGUCAACUCAGCAGCGACCGCCAAUUCAACCAAACAACAGUUACAAGGGUUCGAGUGGCCAGGUCCCCAGGGUCGCUAAUGGUCAGAGCCAACCGCAAAAGCAAUACCAGGGUUCCGCUGCACCCAAGCCAUUGAACGUUGCCAAGCCCCAGAAUGCUCCUGUCAGUGAUGCAGUGAAGAAGGCCGAGCAGGCCCUUACGGCUAAGCCCAAGGAGGAGCCAGCACGCAAGGAUGUGCGCAUGUCUAGCAUGUCCGAAAGCGAGGUCAUGGCGAAGCUCCGAGAGGUCGUGUCCAAGGAACGGCCACUGGACUCGUACAACAAGCAAAAGAAGAUCGGUCAAGGUGCCAGUGGUUCCGUGUACGUUGCUCGCAUCCGUGAAGGUGCUACUUCGCCCAUGGCCAAAAGGGUCAUGCAAGAAAACGGCCCACGUGCACAGGUCGCUAUCAAGCAGAUGGAUCUUCGCAACCAGCCACGCAAGGAACUUAUCGUAAACGAGAUUAUUGUUAUGAAGGACAGCAAACACCCCAACAUCGUCAACUUUUUGGAUGCUUUCUUGCAAGAGGAGCAAUCUGAGCUUUGGGUCGUCAUGGAGUUUAUGGAGGGAGGUGCUUUGACCGACAUCAUUGACAACAACCCCUCCAUCACCGAAGAUCAGAUCGCGACCAUUUGUUUUGAGACCUGCAAGGGACUUGAGUAUCUCCACAACUUGAACAUUAUCCACCGAGACAUCAAGAGUGACAAUGUCUUGCUCGACGGCCGUGGUAAUGUCAAGAUUACCGACUUUGGUUUCAGUGCGAAGCUUACCGAGCAGCGCAGCAAGCGUGCGACUAUGGUCGGAACUCCAUACUGGAUGGCCCCUGAAGUCGUCAAGCAGAAAGAGUAUGGCAACAAGGUUGAUAUCUGGUCUCUGGGUAUCAUGGCCAUUGAGAUGAUCGAGUCCGAACCACCGUACCUGAACGAGGAACCGCUCAAGGCUCUGUAUCUCAUUGCUACCAACGGCACCCCUCGUCUCAAGAAGCCAGAUAAGCUGUCCAAGGAACUCAAGGCGUUCUUGUCAGUCUGCCUCUGCGUUGAUGUCAAAUCACGAGCGAGCGCAGGAGAGCUCAUAAGCCAUGACUUCCUCAAGAGCGGAUGCAGCUUGGCCAGCUUGUCCCAAUUGCUGAACUUCAGAAAGAACGGAGGCCAUUAA